AUGACAGAGACAUGUGCGUUACUUCGAGCUAACGGAACUGUGCCUUCGUCAUCACCCACCAUUGCCAUCAAUGUUGGAGGCCGAAGAGCAAGGCUAUCGGUCGAGCUGGUAAAUCGACGACUGGAAAGCUGCCGGCUCUCUAGCUUUUUCCGUAAGUCUCACAUCGAGAAACUAACGGAUUGUGAUGCAUACUUCGAACAUACCGGAGAAUACUACUUUGAGCGAAGCCCGAUCAUUUUUGAAUACAUCGUCGACUUCUUCGUCACAGGAAAGCUGCAUCGGCCCAUGGACAUCUGUCCGAUCAGACUCCGAUACGAACUGGACUAUUGGAGGAUACCCGUCAACUAUCUUUCCCCCUGCUGUAUGUUAGAAGAAAACAAUAACACGCGGCCUAAAGUUGAAAUGAAUCACCAUGACUCGACUUGCCCAGCGUCGUCCUUCGACAAAGUAUGGAUGGGACCCAUGCGACUCAGCCUCUAUCGGUUACUUGAGAACCCACGAUCAUCCUUCGGAGCCAAAGUGUUCUCCAUAAUCUCUGCUUUUUUCGUUUUAUUUUCUCUGUUAGGUCUGAUACUUAGUUCAAUGCCUGAGCUACAGGACGAACACAAAGAACCACACUACAUUCUCCAGUGGCUCGAUUGUAUGGCUUACUUUACUGUGGAAUAUCUAGCACGUUUCGUUGUGAAUCCUAAUAAGGCAAAGUUUAUUCGAUCGCCUCUAAAUGUGAUUGAUGUGCUGACAAUCCUACCAUUCAUUAUUGAAGCUUUCAACGAACUGCAAUGGAUGAGAAAUUUUAGAGGAGCCAUGCUUGUGGUGCGAGUGAUGCGAUUGGCACGAGUGGCACGAAUUUUUAAGCUCGCCAGGUAUAGCACUGGUUUGCGAGCAUUUGGAGAAACUAUGAAGAAAAGUGCUGCCGAACUUAGCAUGCUGGGCAUGUUUCUAGUCACAGGCAUAAUGCUGUUUUCAACAGCCAUCUAUUUUUUUGAACGAGAUGAGCCAAAUUCAAAAUUUUAUUCAAUACCAGCUGCAUGUUGGUGGUGUGAGUUUUUCAAGCUUUUUUGA